AUGGGCUACACUUCGGUCAACGCUCAGGGCCUGUCAGCACCUCCUUAUUUUGCUUCAUUCCUCUGUUGUAUUGUUGCCGCGGUAGUAUCUGAUCGCUGGGGUAAUCGUGGCCAUGUGGUCACAUUCUUCGCCAUCUUAGGCACAAUUGGAUACCUCAUACUGACUUGUGUUACGGAUGGAUCAAAGACUGGGGCGCGGUAUACGGGAAUCUGGCUUGCAACCUGUGGGAUCUUCCCGGCAUUGUCGAUCAACAUCGUAUGGCUGUUGAACAACCAGGGAGGCGAAAGCAAGAAAGGUGCAGGAAUGGCCAUGCUCGCUAUUUUUGGACAAUGCUCGAGUUUGAUCAGCAGCUCGGUUUUUCCGAACAAGGACGCGCCAUUCUAUACGACAGGAUGUGCUCUUGGUUGUGUCUUUACUGGUUUGAUUGCUAUCCUCGCCAUGGGUCUUCAUAUAUCGUUGACUCUGGAGAACCGCAAACGAGACCGAUUGUACGGACAAGUCAGUGAACGUCACAGGGUUGAUGUCACAGAAGGCGGGGACCAGAACCCUGCUUUCCGUUACUUGACCUGA